ACUGUGUCCUACCAAAAAGGGUAAUUUUAUAUAAUUUCAUUAGGUAUACUGACAGCCUAGAUUCCUAUGAUUCAUUGCAUAGUUGGACAGUUAAAGCACAAAUCGAUAAUCUUCCAAGGGUAAUGGCAAGCCAAGCCUAAUUUCUGGUGUCCUAACUUAUGGCCAGGGGCUUUCUCUGCCACAUAAUUUUUAAGUUAAGUGCUAGAAACUCUUAAAUUCUUUGCAUUAUUAUAUCAUUUGCUCCUUACUGUAUUUCACAACUGAGGAGCACAGAGAGGGUAAGUAACCUUGCCAAGGCUACUCAGCCAGUAAGUGGAGAUGCAGGAAUUUAAAACUAGGUAGUCUGACUCCAGUUCUGAUCCCGGUUGAAUGGUGAUCCUAUUCUUCACAAAAUCGUUUUUCAGAUAUUUUUGUCCAAUUCAGAUGCUCAGUGAUAUUGUUAUUACAAUAAUGAGGUGUCUUAUUUAAGAUCUGAGAACAGGAGAUGUGAAGAUUGAGGAGAUGGAGGCCCCUGGCAUUUUCAUACCUAAGUUUUGUUACCCUUUAGAGAAAAUCUUCUCCAGUGCUAAAAUCAAUCAGAUGAUGACCUGAAGUGCUUCAGAUCUUAACAGGACCUGCAAUUGGAAAAACUGGGGAUAUGUGUCCCACACCAUGAUAAAGUAAGUUUCAGGAUUGUAAGCAGAGGACCUGUUCUUACCAGGACCAUGUUUUUGUUGUUGCACAGGUGGAAAAGAUAAUGACUCCUGAUGGGAACCAGAGUAGUGAUGCAACAGAGUUCGUCCUGGCAGGGUUCCCACAUCUCAACAACGCAAAAGUGGAAUUAUUUUCUGUCUUCCUUCUUGUCUGUCUCCUGAUUCUGACAGGCAAUGUGUUGAGUGGGGUGGUAAGGGCUGAUACUUGGCUACAGACCCCCAUGUACUUCUUUCUGGGUAACCUCUGCCUAGAGAUUCUGCUCACUUCCGUCAUCAUUCCAAAGAUGCUGAGCUAUUUCCUCUCAAGGCAACACACUAUUUCCUUUGCUGCGUGUAUCACCCAAUUCUAUUUCUACUUCUUUCUCGGGGCCUCUGAGUUCUUACUGUUGGCUGUCAUGUCUGUGGAUCGCUACCUAGCCAUCUGUCAUCCUCUGCGCUACCCCUUGCUCAUGAGUGGGGCUGUGUGCAUUCGUGUGGCCUUGGCCUGCUGGGUGGGGGGACUCGUCCCUGUGCUUGGUCCCACAGUGGCUGUGGCCUUGCUUCCUUUCUGUAAGCAGGGUGCUGUGGUGCAGCACUUCUUCUGUGACAGUGGCCCACUGUUACGCCUGGCAUGCACCAACACCAAGAAGCUGGAGGAGACUGACUUUGUCCUGGCCUCCCUUGUCAUUGUAUCUUCCUUGCUGAUUACUGCUGUGUCCUACGGCCUCAUUGUCCUGGCUGUCCUGAGUAUCCCCUCUGCUUCAGGCCGUCAGAAGGCCUUCUCUACCUGUACCUCCCACUUGAUAGUGGUGACCCUCUUCUACGGAAGUGCCAUUUUUCUCUAUGUGAGGCCAUCGCAGAGUGGUUCGGUGGACACUAACUGGGCAGUGACAGUAAUAACGACAUUUGUGACACCACUGCUGAAUCCAUUCAUCUAUGCCUUACGUAAUGAGCAAGUCAAGGAAUCUUUGAAGGACAUGUUUAGGAAGGUAGUGGCAGACUUUUUAAUGAAUCUUUUACUUGAUAACUGUCUCAAUGAGAAAGCAGUAAGGUGAGAGUGAAGAGACUGGUAACU